AUGUCGGAAGAAAGUUCCGACCUAAAGGAUCAGGUCUCUAGGGUGCUUUCUUCAGCAGAUAAGGAGAAUAUUAAAGAUGAAAACUUUGAUCUUUUUGAAGAAGGAGGCUCUAAUGAUGAAGUUGAUCAAGCAGAAUCGAAGCGUGUUGCCCGUAAGUUUGACUACCAUAUGAUGUGGGUUUUAUGUGUUCUUUAUGGUAUCAAUUAUGUUGAUAAGGCGGCUCUUGGAUGGGCUGUUCUCUUGAAUUUCCGUAGUGACCUUCAUUUAGUCGGUGAUGAUUAUUCGUGGGUUUCUUCUAUUUUUUACUUUGGUUAUUUGGGUGCCCAGUAUCCUGCCUCAUAUUGCCUACAGAGAUUCCCAGUGGGAAAGGUGAUUUGCAUUUCAACAUUUCUCUGGAGUAUUAUUAUGUUUGGUCAUAUAGGCUGCAAAAAUUAUGCUGGUAUUUUGGUUUGCAGAUUCUUGCUUGGUGUGUUUGAGGCCCCUAUUUCUGGUGGUUUCGUCUUGUUCACUUCACUUUUUUACACAAGAAAAGAGCAAGUUACUAGAACUAUGUUUUGGGGAUCAAUGCAAGGUAUAUUUUACGUUAUUUUCAGUUUUGUCUCUUACGGGCUUGGUUACGCUAACAAUGCCUCUCUAAGUGAAUGGCAGUUAGUUUACUUGGUUCUUGGUCUUUGUUCGGCAAUCAUCUCCAUCGUUUGGUUUUUCCUAGUUCCUGAUACUCCAAAGAACGCUCGUUUCUUAACUAAAGAAGAAAAGAUUAUUGCAAUCAAACGUGUUUCAAAGAAUAUGAUGGGUACAAAGACACAUGACUGGAAGUAUCAACAAAUGUGGGAUUGUCUCAUCGAUGUCAAGACCUGGUUCUUAAUUGCAUUUAUUGUUCUCUCGAUGAUUCCAAAUGGAGGUCUCACAAACUUUGGUACACUUGUUCUAAGUAGUAUUGUGCAUAACAGACUUCAGUCAAUUGCGGUCUCGGUUGGAAGUUCCUUCUUUUCUUCCGGACAAAUGCUCAUAUAUUCAUAUUUUGCAUCUAAAUACGAUAACUUGAGAACUAUAGGAAUGAGUGGACCCCUCCUUCUUGCUAUUGCCGGUCUUUCCGCUGUUUAUGCUACUGAAGAUCAUGGAGGAAAAUGGGGAAGGGUUUUCGCUUACUGGAUGAUUAAUUCUUAUGCCGUUACUUGGCCUUUCUGUCUUUCUGUCCUUGGUUCUAAUUAUGCUGGUCAUACCAAAAGAGCCACGAUGAGUAUGCUACUUCUAAUAUUUUUUUCUGUUGGUAACAUUGUUGGACCUUUCUGCUUCCAAAGUUCGGAUGCUCCAAAAUAUACGAAAGCCUUGGCCACCAUCUUGGGAUGCUUUUGUGCAUGCUUUAUUAUUGCAGUUCUCUUUAGGUACUACCUUAUUUUCGAAAACAACAGAAGGGAUAAGAAGUAUGGUAAAGUCGACACCAAAGAGGAUUCUGUCAAGAGAGAGGAAAAACUUUCUGGUAUUAUUAAUGGUAUGAAAGACCAGACUGAUACCGAGAACAAGAACUUCAGAUAUGUUCUAUAA